UGGUGUGCAUUUCUCACAGGGAGAUGCCAUAUAUAUCUGAGGGCUCCCUUGACAUGUAGAUAAUGGAAGAGGGAAAACUUCUGGUUGUCUGUACAGAGAGUGAAAAUACACGGGAGUAUUUUUCUACAUACUGCUUUUGCAUGCACACCAGUUCAGCUAAACAUUGUCCAUAUAAGCAAAGAUAGGUAGAGCAGCAUUUUGCAGCAAGCACCUUCCAUGUUUCUGGGCUUUAGCAUGCAAGACAGCACUGCAGAUUCAGGCAGUGGGCACCGUGCCUGUGCAGCACACAGCACACACCAAACCCACCCCAUGUGCGACCUGGAGCACCAGUGUCCUUGCAGCUCAGAGGGCAGGACUGCAAAAGAGGGAGGAUCGCUGCCAUUCACGGGUGCUGAUGUGUGUGCUCACACUGUCAUGAAAAUGAGGUCAGCGAAGGUCAUUCAGUUCAACAGUAUAAAUCAAGGAGGAAAGUGGAGUGGAAGCCUGUGAAUUCUCGGGAGAUCUCACCGGUGGGGGGUGGUUGGGGGGAGUAGAGGAGCAGCUAAUGAGGCCUCAAAUGCCACACAGGGGCGAAGCAGAAAAUAACAGAGGAUAAAAGCAGCCAAAUGGCAGCAGCCAAAACAGAAGGCAGGAAAGCCCAGCCUCAGGUCCUUUAUCCUGCACUGUAACCAGUGCUUCGUGUUAACUUGUAGGAUUACUCUGCCAGAGCAGGCAGAAAGGCUCCACACCCUCCACUCCCAACCCGCUGACAGGAAACCUUUCACUGGAAACUUGCUUGCGUUUGGUGCAAAAUGUCUCACUUCUGUUAGCAAUUUGUUCCCCAUCACAGGCAUUCCUGGGAGAAGUUUGGUGGGGGAAGGAAAAGGACCAGGAGUGCGGGGGCUUCCACCUGGCGACCUGGUUAACAACACAGCGGAGCAGACAGCCGGCCUUUCACCACCUCCCUCCUCCAUGUCCCUCAUCCACUUUUCACCACCUCCCCCCGCAUGUCUCUCCUUUCUCCUCCCUUUUGCCAGCCUUCUCUUUCCUCCCCAAUUUCUCUGUAUCCCUUCUUCCCUUCUCCUCUUCUUUCAUCCUUUCCUUUUUCUCUCUCUCUCUGCACAUUUGGACUUACCUCCUGCCCAAAGGUCUUCUAAACCCACUACCCAUGCCCCACUGCACUCUGAGGUUACAGUGGAGCUCUGCUUUCUCCUUGGGCUGGGUCGGAGGCUCCAAAGUGUUUUUGUGAUCUGCUCCCCCCCAGAGCUCUGGACAGAACUCUCCCUCUUCCCUUCCCCCUCGCUUUCUCUCCCUCACAUAAUAUUUUCCAUAUGAAGAAGCCUUCCUGAAGCCGCACACUGCCCUCUCAGUGAGUCUUAGGCGGGUUAGAGGAGACCCUGGGAGCCUUUAAUCCUCUCUCUCUCGCUUGCUUUCAUCCUCAGCCACAGCUGGACGCCCCAUUGAUGUGGAACAGACCAAACACCAGGCCUCUCGCUAAGCUGCUGCUGUGGGGCCUCUUCUCCUUCAGAGCUGCACCGAGCCCACGUCCUGCACACAGAACGCCCGUCCUGCACCCUGCAGCCCCAGCACACACAGCCAUCCUGGCUCUGCCUGGUUCCUCCCCAGCCAGGCUCUGGCUAUCGCUGUGGCUUCUGUUUCCCUGGGUCACCCCCCAUCAGCCUAUCUUCUCCCUUAUCCCAGCAGCCUCUUUUCCCAGAAUUAUUCAGCAUCACUCCCUGCUGCCUUGCAUCCCUGCAGAGCAUCAGGCUCGGACAAGGAUCAAGGAUGUGUUUGUGUUUCCCUGCUGGCGUCGUGUCCCCAGAAAGAGCCUGGCAGGUCUCACAGAAAUGGCCCUGGGACUGUAGCCUGCUUACACUUUUAGGAAGAGGAAACUCGCUGGCUAUCUUCUUGUGAUCUCUUUGAUCCUUGUGAGCCUCUUCUAACUGCGAUUUCAGAGUUCUGUGACUCCCCAUUCUCUCUUUGUGCGCAGGCACCUGCCCACCGCCAGCGUUGUGCCAGCCCGGCACAGAGCUCUCGCUGAGCGGUGCGGUUCAUUUCCAUUCCGCUCCCGGCAGCACAGACCGGGUGCGGGCCGAUAGCUCGGCUGGGGGCAGUGCCCGGAGCCCCGUGCCCCAUUCCUAAUCGCCCUCUGCCCUCUAGCGGCCCCUCCGCCACUGCUGCAUCUUCGGGGCUGCCGUGGGUCUCGUCGCAACGGGAGCAAGAGAGCAGGAAGGCAGAGUUUGUGCGGAAGGCAACAAGUACAAGGCUGCGUUCUUGAUUGGAUGCAAAAGCUCUGGAGGAACUUCAGGGGGCCCCAGGGAUGCCAGGCGGAUUGGCAGAGAAGAGGCGGAUUGAUGGGAGAGUUCAGAGAACAAAAACGAUCCUAGCUGUCGGAAACACAACUCAGGAGUGAAAAUUAAAGGGAUUGGGGAUGGUUAGUGCAGAGUGACAGACUGAGGGGAGGCAAGGCAGGAGUCCUUGCACACAGAGCAAAAGAAAGGGAAUCAUCUGUUCCCUGUGUUCUCUGCAGAUACAAAAGGGAGAGAGGCACUCAAAUAGCAUGGAGCUUUAAGAAAAGCUUUCAAAUCAGGAUGGUACAGCACUGCAAUAAGUCACCAGAAGAAUGCUGCAACCUUAACUAGUUAAACUGAUCUCCAGAAAUGACACAGGAGGAGUUGAUCCUACUGCGUGUGUCACUGGGGUAGGCUAAGUGACCUCCAGGGAUUGCAUUCAUCUCAUUGACUGCAAUGUGAUAAUUAAAAUCCACAUUGAUCCUCUGACAGAGAUACAGCAAGGGGACCAACUUCAUUACUUCCCAGCUGUUCCUGGAAUCCACUGAGUCUGACACAGACACUUCUUCCUGACCUGUCCUGCUCCAGAGAGCUCCUCUGCUCCAGGACUCAGCCUGCACCAGGCACAGCAAACACAGAUGUGAUGCCUCCACCUUUCCUGCAGCACUACAGCACAGUUCUCCGCUCAGUUUGUUGGCAACCAGUUGCAGAAACUGAAGUAAUUGCAGACUCUUGGGAUUUGUUCAUAAGAGAACCACUGCGUUCCUCCUUCUUGUUAUUCAGCAUCAAGUGCCUGAUGAGAGAGGGAUUUGGGGAAAAGACAACGUGAAGAUAUCUUAGCACAAAAUGAUUAGCUGGAAUGUAUUGUUAAUAAGCUGCUUAUUCAUAUAAUUGGAAAUUAUUUGCAGCCGGGGUGUCAGAACAGUCUUUCUCACUGCUCUGAUGGAGCAAAGCAGGUAGGCACUGGCCCAGGGGAGACUGCUGUGAGCACAUCUGCUGGCAGUGGGAAGGCAGAGGAAUUUACUGCCGCUUUGCUUCUUUAUUGUCACUGUCUUGAAGGGCAGAGAAAGGCACAGCAGUUUCAAGGGGAGGUCCUUGGAUUCUGUCUGAUGCCUCUGUGUCUUCUGAACUGGCCAAAUUCUGUUGAGAUGGAUGAUUUAAUCACUCAUGCAUGAAUUUGGUUGUUCAACUGUAGAGAAGGAUUUCUACACUAAGCCAAGCUGUAACCACAAAGCUCAACCACUUUCUCCAGCAGUCCCAGUGGGGGACAGAAGGGUGCAGAGUGAAGAUACCUGCUGUUCUGAUCUUCCUUUCACUGCCCUUCCUCUUGGCUCCAGAACAGGCACAGUAGUGAUUCCUCUUGUUUCUGCUCUUCUGUUUUUCACGUAAGGGGUGCAGCAGUGCAAGAGGCAAGGGGAUCUUGGACACAGCGUUCCUUCUGCAUUUGUCUGAGAUCCUGUACAGUGCAUGAGUACUGGUGUGCUCAUCUUCAAUUCCUGAAUGACACUGGGAAUCCAAAGGACGUGCACAGACAGGAGGCUGUGUUUAGCUGUCCAUUUUCACAGUCAGCUAAGAGUCAGCCACGUCACAAGCUGCUCUGAACCUCUCAUUUCAAUAUUUCUAUUGUUUCUCCUGUACUUAAAAUCACUUCAGCUGUGCCUAUAGAGACAUCAGUGCCAACACCACCUCAGCAGCUGCAUACUUGCCUGUCCAGACAGUUUCACUUUGUUUCCUGUCACCAAAGAAGUUCAAUCCUUACUGAAUAUAUUUUACUUGCUGGUGAAUGGCAAACAACCUUCUAUUUUCCUUUUCUAAAGACUCGCUUUAACUCCAAUGAAACAACUGUCAGUAAGAAGCAGAAAUAAAACAGGUGAGCCACCAGGUAAACAGGGCAGUGUGGGCCAGCCAGAGCACCAAGGGUUGAAAACAGCAGGUCCUGCCAGGCACUGUCUGCUUCUGCCCCAAGGGACAAAAGAAUCCCCUUUAUUUAUCAGGAAGGAAGGAAGAGGGAAACAUUAUCUGUUGUGAAACAUGAGAAAAUCUUUCACAAAUAAAGUGACUUCAAAGUUGUGACAUUACAUCACAAAGAAAAAGUAUUUCUUAAGACUACUAAAUGGUAAGCAGAGGGAAGGGAAGAGAAAGGAACUGUUGUUUGACACGUAGGAAGAGAAAGGCUUAUAAGGCCACCAUGUCUUGGAAAGACAUUCUGGCCAUGGCUGGGCCAAGGCCAAGGUCAUGCUUCAUCUCCUAUGCCUUGGAACAUUCAAAAGAGUGCUCCAUUGCCACCAGUGUGAGAGCAGAGGGGGGACAAUAGCUGAGCAAGCACAACAAGGAGCCUCUCCUUUCAGUGUGUGCUGAGCUCUGCCCACAGCCACUUCCCCAAAUGAACCCUGAAAUAAUCUUGGUAUCAGUUUCAUUGCAAAAUAUGGUGAAAGAUUUCUGAGGGAAGGCAAGACGUCAGGGACUUCCUCCAGCAGCGUCAGUGGGAGGACAGAAGGCUCACAAGGCAGACGCUUUGGAACGGGCAGGUCGGGCAGCCCCCAGCAAUGCCCCUGCCCUGUGCCUGAGGACGGCAUGGAGCUGAGAGUCCUCCUCCUGUUGCUGCUCUACUGCCCAGGUCUCCCAGCCCGAACACCUGAAGCUGAGAUGAGCCAACGGGAAGGAAGCACGUUCUCUAUCAAGUGCCCUUACACAGCACAGUCUGACAAGCAACUGAAAGCCUGGUGCCGCAUGAGAAAUGAACGAUGCGAGCUUGUAGUGCUGACACAUGCCUCAAUAGAGUAUAGAUAUUCAGACAGGGCCAGGCAGGGCCACAUUACAAUACAGGAUGACAACGGGACCGUGUCCAUCACCAUGUCUGACCUCCAGGCAGAGGACUCAGGCAUAUAUUCCUGCGUGUACAGCAGCAACUAUGUUCCACUAAAGACCAUCUUGCUGAAUGUUUACAAGGUACCAGCUGCAACAACUUUGUCAGUUACUACAGGCUCAAGUCAGAAAAACUCUUCUGGCAACAGCACACAACCACGGAACACCAUCAUAAUCUCUGUGGUUCUGUGCAUCCUGCUCAUCCUGGCAUUGGCCAUCACAACAACACUGGGCAUCAGGCAGCGCAAGAAGCUGAAGACAAAAGGUAACAGAGAAGCAGAGGACACCUAUGACAAACCAGAGGACACCUAUGACAAACCAAAGAGCCCAGCACAGCUUGAGAGCACUGAAAGAAUGGGAAGAACCACAGAUGACAGCAGAGAUCUAAAUUACAUUACCCUGGACUUUAAACCCCAACUCAGCUCUGAUGAACCUCUCUACUGUAAUGUUGAACUGAGUCAGACUCCCAGGAAACCCAUAGAUGAAAAUGUGGAAUAUGCUAUCAUUACACACAAGCAGUUACCUAAGAAUGACAAAGGAAGAAGCACAGAAUCCUAAAACAAUCCAGAAAUGGGAGAACUGCAAUAUAAACUGGGAAUGGAGAAUAGUACAUGAACACUGGGGAAAGAAUUAAGGUUUUGCUGCCACAUGUACAUUGCUUAUGCAUUUUAAGACCUCUUUCCUUUUAGAAAUUUGUCACAAGUGUGCAGAUCCUUUUAGGUCAGAAAGGUACUUGGUAACUCUCAGGAUUGACUGCACAUUUGCUUUUUUGAUUCUAUUAAAAUGCAGCCUCUCUGGGAGAGGCAGAUGUG